ACGAAGAAAAAGAAGGAAGGCACAAUUUGACAGCUCUCUGCCAAGGUAGCAAGAGUGCUACAAAUCCACACGAGGAGAUGAGUGUCCCAGACUACAUGCAGUGUGCUGAGGACCACCAAACAGUCCUGGUGGUGGUCCAGCCGGUGGGCAUCGUCCCAGAGGACCAGUUCUUCAGAAUCUACAAGCGCGUUGCCAGUGUCAGCCAGGUCAGCGUCAGGGACUCGCAGCGUCUCCUCUACAUCCGCUACAGGCACCACUACCUGCCUGAAAACAACGAGUGGGGUGACUUCCAGACACACCGCAAAGUGGUGGGCCUCAUUGCUGUGACGACCUGCAACUCGGUCAAAGAGUGGCCCCAGACUGCGGACCGCUUCCACGCGCAGAAGGAGGUGUAUGGCUCCACGCUCUACGACUCGCGCCUGCUGGUGUUUGGGCUCCAGGGUGAGAUAGCUGAGCAGCAGCGCACGGACGUGGCCUUCUACACCGGCUACGACGAGUGCCCAGAUGUGGAGAAGAGGGUGGAGGAUUUUGUCGAGUCCAUCUUUAUUGUUCUCGAGUCCAAGCGUCUCGAUCGGGCCACUGACAAAUCCGGGGAUAAGAUCCCGCUGCUUUGUGUGCCUUUUGAAAAGAAGGACUUUGUGGGUCUGGACACUGACAGCAGGCAUUAUAAAAAGCGAUGCCAGGGCCGCAUGAGGAAGCACGUUGGGGACCUGUGUCUCCAGGCAGGCAUGCUGCAGGACGCUCUGGUUCACUACCACAUGGCCGUGGAGCUACUGAGGGGGGUGAAUGACUUCCUUUGGCUCGGUGCUGCCUUAGAAGGCUUGUGUUCAGCUUCGGUUAUAUUCCACUACCCUGGCGGCACAGCAGGCAAGGCGGCGGGACGCAAACCCAACGUUUCCCAGCCAGCCGACACUGGGAAACGCCACAGACCAGGUGCCCUUACCGCCAAUGGAAUCAGUGCAGACACCAGCACUGAGAUUGGACGAGCCAAGAACUGUCUCAGUCCAGAAGACAUCAUUGAGAAAUACAAAGAGGCCAUCUCCUACUAUGGCAAGUACAAGAACGCCGGCGUGAUUGAGCUGGAGGCCUGUGUGAAGGCGGUCAGGGUGCUGGCCAUCCAGAAGAGGGCCAUGGAGGCCUCCGAGUUUCUACAGAACGCCGUGUACAUCAACCUGGGACAGCUGUCAGAGGAGGAGAAGAUCCAGCGUUACAGCAUUCUGUCGGAGCUGUACGAUCUGAUUGGCUUUCACCGCAAGUCCGCCUUUUUUAAGCGUGUGGCGGCGAUGCAGUGUGUGGCUCCCACCAUCCCAGAGCCUGGCUGGAGGGCUUGCUACAAGCUGCUGUUGGAGACACUGCCUGGAUACAGCCUCUCCCUGGACCCCAAGGACUUCAACAAAGGCACCCACCGUGGCUGGGCUGCGGUACAGAUGCGUCUGCUGCAUGAGCUGGUGUAUGCCUCGCGUCGUAUGGGGAACCCUGGCCUCUCUGUACGCCACCUGUCCUUCCUCCUGCAGACCAUGCUCGACUUCCUUUCAGAUCAAGAGAAAAAAGAGGUCACCCAGAGUCUGGAGAACUACACCUCCAAGUGUCCGGGUGGGAUGGAGUUCAUCACUCUUCCUGAUGGGGUGAAGCUCCCUCCCGUGCCAUUCACCAAGCUCCCCAUCGUGCGAUCGGUGAAGCUGCUCAACCUGCCCGUCAGUCUGCGCCCCCACAAAGUGAAAGGCAUGCAGGGGCAGAGCAUGUCCACCGCCAGCCCCUUCAUUUACUCGCCCAUCAUCAUGCACAGCAGAGGAGAGGAGCGCUGCAAGAAGAUCGAUUUCCAGUGGGUUCAAGGAGAUGUCUGUGAGGUGCAGCUCAUGGUCUACAACCCCAUGCCUUUUGAACUACGUGUGGAGAAUAUGGGUUUGCUGAUGUCCGGAGUGGAAUUUGAGUCCCUACCUGCUGCCCUGUCCCUUCCUGCAGAGUCUGGGCUGUACCCCGUCACCCUGGUGGGUGUCCCACGCACAGCAGGCAACAUCACUGUCAACGGCUACCACACCUCAGUGUUUGGCGUGACCAGUGACUGUCUGCUGGAGGGCCUGCCCGGCGUAAAGACCAGCGGCUGUCUGGUGGAAGUUAUCCCUUCCUUACCCCGUCUCCAGCUCAGCACCUCAUUACCACGGUCGGCCCAUACACCUCAGCCCCUUUCCAAAGAGGAGCUGUCAAGUAGCAUCGCCAUCCAGCUGUUCAACGGUGAGAGCCAACAGCUUGCCAUCACCUUGGAGAACAUAGGCACCGAGGACAUUGAGACUCUGGAGGUUAAGUCCAGGAUGGUCAGCACCAAAGAGAAGGUGUUUGGGGAGUUUCUGAGCUGGGAGCUGGACGAGGCCUUGUCUCACCUGCCUUUGAAGCCGGGCCAGUCUGUGACACUCGCUGUCAGCAUCAAAGCCAAGCUGGACUUCUCUGGACAGGAGAACCUGCUUCAGGACCUUAAUGAUGAUGGAAUCAGCGUGACGGGCCUGCCCAUCUCUAGCCCACUGCGCCAGGUCCUCAAACCCCGGGCCGAGACCAAGCCCGUCAGUGGCGACUCUGGCAAGGCCGAAUAUAACCACAUCAAGACUUUGGAGGCAGUGCUGAACUUCAGGUACUCCGGGGGAGCGGGCAAGGUAGAGGGCUACUACAGAGAUGUUUCCCUGGGGGUCCACAUCGACGUGGAGCCUUCUGUGUUCUUUACCAGGGUCAGCACCCUCCCGGCAACCAGUACCCGCCAGUGUCAUCUCCUGCUUGACAUCUUUAACUCCACGGAGCACGAGCUUACCAUCAGUGCAAAGAACAAUCAAGACCUGGUGCUGCAUGCCAGAUGGCGAUCCAAGUGGACAAGUUUGACUUUGAAAGUCUGCCGCAGCCCAACCAGGAGGCUUUGCUCUUCGCCAAUCCCAAACAGCUGGAGGAGGAGCGACAGCACGCCCAGGGCUGUCAGAUCAACAGCAAGCUGGGAAUCUGCUGGAACAUUCCAUCCUUGCGGCGCCAGGGGGAGGCCAGCGUGGAAGGAGUACUUAACCAGCUAGUCCUGGAGCACCUGCAGCUGGCUCCUCUGCAGUGGG